GUAGCUCACGUUGUUAGUUUUAUGCUAACUGGUACCUAGCUGUUUUUCUCUCUCUGUAAUAAAACACUUCAGUUCGUCUGGCCGGUCGGUUCUGUGGAGGUUAGGUCCACUGAGUUAAAGCAGUGUCGGUUCGGCUGUAAUGCGCUGCUAGAGGUCAGUUACAACACAGCAGGACUGUUGGAUGGCCGCCAUAUUGGUCGUGUCAAGCGCAUGACGCUCCUAAACGGAAAUGAACCCUAACCCUGUAUGGUUUUAUAUUUAUAAAUCUGAACUUUAAUCUAAUUCCAGUCCUUCCACUAAACCACCAGAGCCUGAUAUUAAUACCUGCUGUUUCUGCCACAUUUACACGGAAAUUAAUCAGCCAGUGAAACCUGAUACCUGGUUUAAUAAUCAGUCAGGUGUUGUGGCUGCAUGUUCUCUAAUGCUCUCACAGAGAACAAGAGAAAACAUGAGAAAUAUGAAAUAUUUUAUUUCAUAUUUUCUCUAAUGUUGUUCACAUUCUCAUUCUUUUCAUAUUGUACAUUUUUUUCCCUCUUUUUCCAUUUUCUAUCAUAUUCUCCAUAUCCUAUAUGUGCCAGCAGGGAACCGUCAGCCAUGUUGAGAGUGAGGUGCACCCUCCGUGGAGGUGGUGGCGUCCUGCUGUGUCUCCAUCGGACAGCCCAGUACCGGUAUCCGAGUGGACCUGAGCGGGUUCUGACCCGGUCCCUGUCCCGGACUCCGGACUCGUCCCGGGUCGCGCUGAAGCUGCAGACCCGGUUGGGGGUGACGCUGCUGGUCGGGGUGGGGUUGCUGGGCGCGUGGUGGUGGGUGGAGCAGGAGAAGCAGCAACGGCGGCAGCGGCAGCGAGUGGAGCAGCUCCGGACGGUGGCUCUGGGUCAGGGGACGUUCAGCCUGCUGGACCACACGGGCCACCGCCGGACCAAGCAGGACUUCCUGGGCCGUUGGGUCCUCCUGUAUUUCGGCUUCACACACUGCCCCGACAUCUGCCCCGACGAGCUGGACAAGCUGAGCACCGUGGUGUCGGCUCUGGACCGGGACCCGGCCCUGCCGCGCCUGCAGCCGCUCUUCAUCACUGUAGACCCGGAGCGGGACGACGUGGCGGCGCUGGCCCGGUACGUCCGGGAUUUCCACCCGCGGCUGGUCGGGCUAACCGGGACACCGGAAGAGGUGCGUCACGCGGGGCGGGACUUCCGGGUCUACGCCAGCGCGGGGCCGAAGGACGAGGAUGGGGACUACAUGGUGGAUCACAGCGUGCUGCUGUACCUGGUUAGUCCGGACGGGCUCUUUCUGGACUACUACAACCGAACCAAAAGCCCGGAGCAGAUCGCCGACAGCAUCCGGAACCACAUCCGGAACCACGUCCCGCUGUAG